CACAUUCGCACGUGAACACUCGGGGAUCCCACGAGAUGCCCGUGGUAUUCACAGGAUAGACAUCGACUCCAUGACGAAUAUAUGACGUACUAUCUCAUUUUCAAUAUGGCGUCCAACAUGGACGAGGAUUCUGAAGAACGAAAGAAUUCUGUUAGCGAACUUUUGCGGAGGAAAGAGAGAAAAAACGAAGGAGAUGUUGGGGAAGAAUCAAAAACGGACAAAACUAGAGAGCAAAAGUAUAAAUUACUCGAAAACGCUAACAUAGUCGAAGAAGUGAUUGCUAAUUUUUCCGGGGAGGAUUCCGAAAGUCAAACAUUUCAGGAUGCUGUCGAAGAAUUGAACGAGAAAAUGGACUCUUGUGAGACAUCACCGGGUGGAAAUGAAAAUGAUGAUGAGCUAAAACCAGAAGAGGAGGUGGCUGAAGAGCAAGAAAGACUGUCUCCUGAAGAAAAAGAGGAAAGAAGGACACAGGCACUAGAUUAUAAAGCCAAAGGCAAUGACUACUUUAAGAGAUCUGAAUAUCCUGAAGCUAAAGAGUUAUACACAAAUGCAAUAAUGAUCUGUCCAAAUGAUUUUGCUAAGGAAAAAUCUGUAUUCCAUGCAAACAGAGCAGCUUGUCUAGUCAAAAUGGACCAACAUAAAGAGGCAAUAGAUGACUGCACAAAAGCCCUGGACCUUAACCCGGAAUACCUUAAAGUGAGACUUAGAAGAGCUCAAUGCUUUGAACAUGAGGACAGAUUGGAAGAGGCUUUGGAGGAUUACCAGAAAGUGUUUGAUGCAGAUCGCUCUUCUCAUGUGGCCAGAGAAGCUCUGAUGAGACUACCUGAAGAAAUCAAGGUCAAGCACGAGAAAAUGAAAGAGGAAAUGAUAGGAAAACUUAAAGAUCUGGGGAAUGUUUUCCUACGACCCUUCGGCUUGUCCACGGACAAUUUCAAACUUCAACAAGAUCCGAGUUCUGGAGGGUAUUCUAUUAAUUUCCAAAAGUAAAAUGGAAUGACUGCAAACUUGAAGAAACAGCGGACUCUAAAUGGUCUUACAUGUAAUCCCAGUGUACAAAUUUGAAAUUAUUAUCAAUACCUGCUGUACUAAGGAUGAGGUUUAAUGGGUUAUCAAGGAAGCACAGCAGCAUUUAGCUGCAGUUAUUCAGCCACGGCGCACUGAGACCUCGCGCUAAAGAAUUAUGCUACUGACAAUAGGUCGCGUUCGCACACAGUCACUUCUAAUCAAUGAGACUGAGUCAAGUAUGAUGGUAGAGGAAUACCGCUUACAGUAGGUUAAAAAGCUCAAAUAAGUUAAAAAAUGAAAUGUUGUAUCGCAGUCUAUGCUAUCAAAAUUUAAGUAAUUAUCUAAGCGUUCAGUUCCAAUAAAAACAGACAUCAUAAAAUGAA